AUGGGCCUGCUGACGAGGACUUACUGGACUCUGGCGGCUGCCGGAGCGGCGUACAUGCUUGCUCUGAUAGCACUGACUGUACCAAGUAUACAGCGGAAUGCCACUUAUGCCCACAACGUCAAUCCGGCGCGAUGGCAGGAUCUUUCAGAUGUGGAGUACUUCGGACUCAUCAAGCAGCAGGUCCAGCCAUUCACGGUGAAGACAAUCGACGAAGAGAUUCUGUAUUGUUGGCACAUCCUCCCUCUACAUCUGUACAAGGAGCAUCAGUCCACGCUUCAAGCAACGCCGAAACUAGCAGAUUACUCCGUGGCCUCCCAGCAGCCGAAUCUACGCCUCCUUCUCGAGAACCCAGAAGCACGCUUGGUCAUUCUCUUCCAUGGUAAUGCCGCACAUCUGGGAUCGGGCCAUCGUGUUCCAACAUACCAGAAUUUUCUCUCGCUAUCAACCCCCGAGCGGCCCGUCCAUGUCAUUGGGUUUGACUAUCGAGGCUUCGGACUGUCCUCUGGCUCUCCCACAGAGGACGGAGUUAUCUUGGAUGGUGUCACCCUCCUGUCGGCACUGACCGGCCACGACAAGCCGAGCUCACCGACCGACUUCACGGACAAGGUCAUCCAGUCUAUGACCUCGAGCAACAGCACGAUCUCCGCAGACCGCAUCGUCCUCGUCGGUCAGUCGCUCGGCACCUUCGUGUCCUCGGCCACUUACCACGCCUGGACGCUACAGUUGCAGCGACCCGCUCCAAAAGCAUUGGUCCUAUUCGCCAGCUUUCCGUCCCUGCCUAAGUUGCUCGACACCUACAGCAUCAAGGGUCUCACUCCGCCUCUGCUAUCGCCACUCAUAGCCUGGCCAUAUCUCCAAAGCAUAUUCCUUGGGAAGAUAGUGGACAAGUGGGAAACUGUCCGACGACUGACCGAGCUAGUCCGUGCCCCGGACGUGCCCCUUGAUCUUACCAUCAUACAUGCCAAGAACGAUUGGGAGGUACUAUGGGGCAACGGAAGGGAAAAUUGGGAAGCGAUACUGGAAGAAGUCGGCUCAAAGGAAGUGUAUGCAGAAAAGAUCAAGACCGGAGAAGAGGCAUGGACGAGGCUGCGAUGGGAUGGGGGUGCAGCGAAGGUAGUUCGAUGGGAGCUGCUGGAACAUGGUGGCCACAAUAGAUUGACCACAAGCGAGCAGGGCAAGUUGGCGGUUUGGGAGGCAUUGGAUGCGCCGAGACGUGUAUAG